GGGGCGGGGACGAGUGGGGCCUCGGCCGGACACCGCGUGGGCUUUGCGUUCUCCACUCUGGCUCCGGCCCGGGGCGGUGGCUCUGGAGCGGCAGGCGGGCUCCACCCCCGGGCCGGCCGCGCGCCCGUGCCUCCCAAUUCCCGGAGCCGGGGUGGGGGCUCGAGGCGGUGGCGGCGGCCCAGCUCCCGGCUGGGCGUCUGGGCGCGGGGCCAGGAAGAGCCGGGAGCGGCGGCGGCGCUCGGCGGCGUAUUGCGGGGAGGGCGGCGGCCUGGGCAGGGCGGCGGCCUGGGCCGGCCGAGCCAUGGCGGCCCCGGAGCCGGGGCCGAGGCGGGGCCGGGAGCGGGAGGACGAGAGUGAGGACGAGAGCGACAUCCUGGAAGAGAGCCCGUGCGGCCGCUGGCAGAAGCGGCGAGAGCAGGUGAACCAAGGGAACAUGCCUGGGGUCCAGAGCACCUUCCUGGCCAUGGACACGGAGGAGGGGGUGGAGGUGGUGUGGAACGAGCUGCACUUCAGUGACAGGAAGGCCUUUUCUGCCCACGAGGAGAAGAUCCAGACCAUGUUUGAGCAGCUGGCGCUGGUGGACCACCCCAACAUCGUCAAGCUGCACAAGUACUGGCUGGAUGCCUCCGAGGCCCGAGCCCGGGUCGUCUUCAUCACAGAGUACGUGUCGUCCGGCAGCCUCAAGCAAUUCCUCAAGAAAACCAAGAAGAACCACAAGGCCAUGAACGCCAGGGCCUGGAAGCGCUGGUGCACGCAGAUCCUGUCCGCACUCAGCUUUCUGCACGCCUGCCGUCCGCCCAUCAUCCACGGGAACCUGACCAGCGACACAGUCUUCAUACAGCACAACGGCCUCAUCAAGAUUGGCUCCGUGUGGCACCGAAUCUUCUCCAAUGCGCUCCCCCGUCAUCUGCGAAGCCCCAUCCGCGUCGAGCGGGAGGAACCUCGGAACCUGCACUUCUUCCCUCCAGAGUAUGGAGAGGUCGCCGAUGGCACAGCCGUGGACAUCUUCUCCUUUGGGAUGUGUGCCCUGGAGAUGGCAGUGCUGGAGAUCCAGGCCAAUGGGGACACCCGGGUCACGGAGGAGGCCAUCGCUCGUGCCAGGCACUCGCUGAGCGAUCCCAACAUGCGGGAGUUCAUCCUCUCCUGCCUGGCCCGGGACCCUGCCCGCCGGCCCUCCGCCCACAGCCUCCUCUUCCACCGCGUGCUCUUUGAGGUGCAUUCGCUGAAGCUCCUGGCAGCUCACUGCUUCAUCCAGCACCAGUACCUCAUGCCUGAGAACGUGGUGGAGGAAAAGACCAAGGCGAUGGACCUGCACGCCGUCCUGGCGGAGAUGCCCCGGCCCCGCGGGCCGCCCCUGCAGUGGCGGUACUCAGAGGUCUCCUACCUGGAGCUGGACAAGUUCCUGGAAGACGUCAGGAACGGGAUCUACCCGCUGAUGAACUUUGCUGCUGCACGGCCCCUGGGGCUGCCCCGUGUGCUGGCCCCACCCCCCGAGGAGGCCCCGAAGGCCAAGACCCCAACGCCAGAAGCUUUUGACUCGGAGACCAGAAAGGUGGUCCAGAUGCAGUGCAACCUGGAGAGAAGCGAGGACAAGGCCCGCUGGCAUCUCACUCUACUUCUGGUGCUGGAGGACCGGCUGCACCGGCAGCUCACUUACGACCUGCUCCCAACCGACAGUGCCCAGGACCUCGCUGCAGAGCUAGUGCACUACGGCUUCGUCCACGAGGAAGACCGGACCAAGCUGGCCGCCUUCCUGGACAGCACCUUCCUCAAGUACCGCGGAGCUCAGCCAUGACCUCGAUCCAGCGCCUCAGUGCCCCAGCCCCCGCCCCCGGCCCCCCACAGCCAGCCGUGGUGGCCCACAGGCAUUGGCCCCUGGGUCUGCUCGGCAUUGGCCCCUGGGUGGGUGGGGACCCGCGGCUGCCUCCUGCCCGCUUGCCUGCUAGUGAGGACCCUCCCCCCGCCCCACAGCAUCCCCGAGGCCCCGGGGAGGGGCUGAUCGGGGAGGGGGGAGGCCCCACUGUCCCGAGGGCCAGGUCUCCUCCAGGCCACCAGCUUCCACAACCCCCCUCCCUCCUCUACCCUUCAUUUCCACUCCAUCUGGUCCCAUGCGGUCCGUGAAGGAGGAGGCUGCCCUGCAGGGAGCCCCAGCGCCGUGCUGGGCGGGCGGGGGACAGCCCAGGGCAGAUGCGGGACCACAGACCCACACAAGGAACCACCACCUCAGACCGGCCAGUGUCAGGCCCAGUGCCUGUCGGGUGCCAGGCAGGGCAGGAGAGACACUCCCGCGCCCUGGGGCCCCCGCAGGCCCACUCUGGAGCUCCUCUCUGACUUCCUGCUGCUCUGAGACUGGGGCCUGCCACCCCAUCUGCAGCCUCUCCAAAGGGCUCUUUUCUCUCUGGUUCCCUGGCCCAGAGUGGGCAGGGUGCCUCCUCCGGGUCCUGAGGAAACCGGCCCCUGGCGCCCUCCCCCACCACGGCCCUGGCCGCGCUCUCUUGGCCCAUCUCCCUCCAUUUUCAAUUUUGCUUAAUCACUCGUACACAUUUUUAAGCUGCGUGUAUAAAUUCAGCCCAUUCAGGUUUCUCUCUAAGCAUUUCUACUGGCACGCAAGAACAGCUUGCCGCCGCGUUCUUUGUUGUCGCCAUAAGGCUUUGCCACAAAUCAGCGCAUUUCUAUAGCUCCGUAGGUCAGAGGUCUGGCACAGACCCCACCAGCCUGAGAUCACGGAGUGAACAAGACUGUGUGUGUUCCUUUCUGAUGCCGGAGGGAGAAUCCAUCUCCUGCUCCGUCGGGUCGUUGGCCUCGGGUGUCAGCCCAGUGCCAGGCGCCAGGCGGCACUUCGUUUCUUCCACUUCCUCACGGUGAAGGGGCCCAGGUCCCUGCUUCCCCGUCUGCUGUAAACCGAAGGCCAUUCUUGGCUUCCAGAGGCGCCAGAUUCGUUGGCUCACGGCCCCUUCCUCCAUCUUCAGAGCCGGCAACGUUGACGUGAGGCUUCCUUGUGAACAGUGUCUGGUUUUCUGCAGCCAGGGAAGAAGCUUCGUGUAAUUACAUGAGGCCCACCCAGAUAAUCCAGAGAAGCUCCCCAUCUCGAGGUCCUUAAUCUUAAUCCUAGCUUCACGACACCUUUCCCGUGUAAGGUCACGUUCCCAGCUUCUGGGGUUUAGGAGGCGGAUGUCCUUGCAGGAGCAGGGGUGUCACCCCUGCUCCCCCACCCCCGCCCCACAGCAUCACCCUAACAAGAAUCCAAACACCUUUGACUAAGACAGGUCAGCUGAAUUACAUGUACGAAUACAAGUGAUCGUAAGCAUAUUCCAAUACUCUCUACAGAAUGAUUCACGUUCUCGCAGCUUUCACUUUAAAAUUCCAGUCUAACUUACACAUCUAACUGAAAUCCUAGAACGAAGCUGUCUUACUCUGCAUCGUCGGGAACAGUCUGAGUGUCAAAUGCAUAACAGAUUGUACCGGUGAUUAAACUGAACUACCAGUCCCA